GGGGACUUACUGGUGAAGGACCGGAUAGACCGCGAGCAGAUAUGCAAAGGGAGGAGAAGAUGUGAGUUGCAGUUGGAAGCCGUGGUGGAAAAUCCCUUAAAUAUUUUUCAUAUCGUUGUGGCGAUUGAGGAUAUUAAUGAUCAUGCUCCCCAAUUCCGUAAAGAUGAAAUAAACUUAGAAAUAAGUGAAUCCGUUAGCCCAGGAAUGAGAACAAUUCUUGAGUCUGCAAAAGAUCCCGAUAUAAAUAUGAAUUCACUGAGCAAAUACCACUUAAGUCCUAAUGAGUAUUUCUCAUUGAUGGUGAAAGACAAUCCCGAUGGUGGCACGUAUCCAGAAUUAGUACUGCAGAAGACCCUGGACCGAGAAACACAGAGCACUCACCACUUGGUGCUGACUGCUUUGGAUGGUGGGGACCCGCCCCUGAGUGGCACCACUCAGAUCCGAGUCCAGGUGGUGGAUGCCAAUGAUAACCCCCCAGUGUUUAGCCAGGACGUUUACAGGGUCAGCCUUCGGGAAGAUGCUCCUCCAGGCACCUCUGUCUUAAGGCUGAGGGCCACUGACCAGGAUGAAGGCAUCAAUGCCGAGUUCACCUACUCCUUCCUUGGUGUGACUGACAAAGCCCAACACGUGUUCUCUCUGGAUUCCCGCACAGGGCUCAUUCUAACUCAUCAGCCCCUGGAUUUUGAAGAAGUAGAAAGAUAUACAAUGUACAUAGAAGUAAAGGACCGAGGAUCUCUCUCUACACAGUGUAAAGUAAUUAUAGAAGUUCUAGAUGAAAACGACAACAGCCCUGAAAUAAUCCUCACUUCUCUCUCUGAUCCCAUUUCGGAGGAUUCCCCUCCUGGAAUGGUUGUGGCUCUCUUCAAAACACGGGACCGAGAUUCUGGGGAAAACGCAGAGGUCACUUGUAGUUUAGGUAGAGAUGGUCCGUUUAAGAUUCUUUCUUCUUCCAGUAAUUACUACAAAUUAGUAACAGACGGGACCUUGGACAGGGAGCAGACUCCAGAGUACAACAUCAGCAUCACAGCCACCGACAGGGGCAAGCCGGCUCUCUCUUCCAGCACAACCAUCACCCUGCACGUCGCUGACAUUAAUGACAAUGCUCCCAUUUUUGAACAGCCGGCCUACUUAGUCCACAUACCAGAAAACAACACACCUGGUGCCUCCAUAACCCAGGUCGGUGCUCGGGACCCAGAUCUGGGACCCAACGGGCAGAUUUCCUAUUCCAUCGUGGCCAGCGACCUGGAGCCUAGAGCGCUGCUGUCCUACGUGUCUGUGAGCGCACAAAGCGGCGUGGUGUUCGCACAGCGCGCCUUCGACCACGAGCAGCUGCGCACCUUUGAGCUCACGCUGCAGGCCCGCGACCAGGGCUCGCCCGCACUCAGCGCCAACGUGAGCCUGCGCGUGCUGGUGGAAGACCGCAACGACAACGCGCCGAGGGUGCUGUACCCCGCGCUGGGGCCCGAUGGC